ACCGCGCUUAAACGCGACUUGUUUUUCUUAGACUACAAUUGAACAACUUCUUUUGCAAGUAUCUCAAUAGCCAAUAAGAAGAAAGUAGGAACUACAACCCUACGAAAAAUAGCCCAUAUAAAUCUUACCCAUAACAACGUUCCUCUUUUUAGAGUCUCUACGGGCUGGGUUUCCUCAGUCAUGCCUCCAUCCAAUGACGAUUUAUGGUCUGUUCGCAGAGCGCGAGAGACAGCCCAAGAAGCUGAAGUCAAAGAUAAAUUACUCAUGAAGCUCAAAGAGAAUGGCAUACUCUCGGAUGGGCAAAUGGAAGCAUUUAAACGCGAUGUGGUCAUGCACUACCAGGAGCAUGAUAUUAGGAAACGCCAAGGACGACCGUUGCGAAGUACUCGGUCUCGCCAAAUUGAGAUAGAGAAAACAUUUAAUGACUUAUCCUUGCACCCAUUCAUUUCUGCCGUCUUGGACUACUUGAAAACCCACGUUUCCAACGACCGUUGUAUCCAAGUUUUUGAGGAUGUCAUUUCAGUCCUUCCAAAUAGUCCACAAUGUCCGCCUGAAAGCAAGCAUCGCAAUCCCCGCGAAAAGCCUGGGACGCCAUUCUCGGCAUCUAGAGCGAAUCCUGCGUCUAUCAUGUCUAAUGCCAAGUUGAUUGAUGCUCUUGCAGCAGCAACCAAUAUGGAACCAUGGAAGGCGAUCUGGAUUCGUGGCCAAAUUACAUGGUGCGAUUCAAUAAGUGGAUCGAUGUCGGGGAUAUUGGAACUCGGCAAUGGACUCGUUAGCUACGGCCGACUCGGUCGCGAUCAUAUGCUUGCAGAUGUCCCUAACCAGUACGUCAGGGAUCGUCUAAUGGAUUACAUUAUCACCCAGCUUGAGGAGGAUCAGCAAGAGUGCGCAAAAAAAGCUGUAUUCCCGGACCUUAGCGUUGCUGAACUCGAGCAAUACACCGUCUUAAUUUUGAAGAAAGCAGAGGAAAAUAAGCCCAAGACCCGAAGUGAGAUGAUUGCGCGAAUAGUCGGGAAGAAGGUACUGAGAACCGAAAGCGAGAUAGAACGUGUACUUGGUCAAGCUUAUGCUAUGGAUCAAGUUGAUAAGGAUGAUGACCUAACUCCUCAACCCGGUUUUAGUAUCCGAAAUUACGGCCGCCUGGAGCCGCUCGCUCACUCGGUAGUCCGUCCAGGCCUGAAAGAGUUGACUCCGGAGGAAUCGGAAUUAAAUAUAGGUACUGAUAUCGACAAUGACUGCGAUCAGAUCCGCACCAUGAUCGUAUGCUUCGUCGACGGGAAAGGGUGGACUGCAGAUCAAUUUCGCUGGGCACUAGGAAAUGUCUCACGUCAGCAGCUAACAACCUUUCUUCUUGAGAGAGGUCCUAAGCAAGGAGUCAAUAAACCGAUCUUUCAACAUGCAUGGGAAUUCUUCAAAAAGCGCGAGAUCCUGGGUCUGCCUUUGACGGAAGUGUCAGAAGAAGACACCAUUGUCCUCCAAGAACGCGAUAGCAAUCGUGCAAACAAACGCCAAAGCACUGAUGGGGAAGGGAGUAGUUCUAAGAGAAGGUGUUCGAGAAGAGCAUAGCCAGAUGAGGUAGAAGGGCCACGGGAAAACCUGAAAUAUACUGUCCUUAAUGGUAAACCAUCGAUAUACAGUGUAUGCAAUGUAGAAUAGGAUAAGAAGGUGGCUGCAAAGCCAAUAUUAUAUCAUGGAAUGGUGUUCCUUUGGUAACCUUAGGAGCCUUAGAUUUUACCAGGGAAUAAGUGGGUCAGGGGUAGAUUCAGGGGCAGAUCUACUAGAAGUGGGUAUAUAAGAAACGCACAGUGCCCUUGAAAGAGUAUAAAAGGGCAGGUGUUAAUAGCUCAAAUCAUCUAUCCUGAUACUCUAUGUAUGAC